AUGGGUAAAGAGGGACUUCGAUACGCUGCGAGAGUGUCACUGGACAAGGAUGCUGCGGAGCAGGAGUGCCUUCACAAUCGAUGGCAUCCCGAUGUUCCAUCGUACGGCACCAUCAAAAACAAUGAGGUCGUCAAGAUUGAGUGCGUAGACUGGACUGGCGGUCAGAUUGGGAAUAACGAUUCCGCCGACGACGUGCGUGAUGUCGAUCUAACCAAGAUCCACUAUCUUACCGGACCCUUUGACAUCGAGACAGCAGAGCCCGGUGAUGUACUAGUGGUUGAGAUUCAGGAUGUGCAGCCGCUCGAACACCAGCCCUGGGGGUUCACUGGUAUAUUCGCCAAAGAGAAUGGUGGGGGAUUCCUAGAUGAAAUCUAUCCAAAGCCUGCAAAGGCCAUUUGGGACUUCGAAGGCAUCUUCUGCUCCAGCCGUCACAUCCCUGGCGUCCGUUUUGCAGGCCUCAUCCACCCCGGCAUUCUAGGCUGCGCGCCUUCCGCUGAGAUACUCGAAACAUGGAACAAGCGCGAGAGCGAGCUCAUCUCCACGCACACCCACCUCAACCGCACCGUUGCUGAGCCUCCCAACCCCAAAAACGUACACGCAGGCUCCGCCAGCGCUUCACUCAAGGAGAAGGUUGGGAAAGAGGGUGCACGGACCAUUCCUGGACGGCCUGAGCAUGGCGGAAAUGCAGACAUAAAGGAAAAACCUCUCGCGCGGCUCCAAGGAGACCUACACUUCUCCCAGGGUGACGGGGAGAUUUCCUUUUGCGGCGCCAUUGAAAUGGCGGGCGUCAUCACGAUCAAGUUCAGCGUAAUGAAAGACGGGAUGAAGCAGUUGGCUAUGAAGUCACCCAUCUACAUACCGGGGCCCGUGGAGACGCAGUUUGGACCGGGGCGGUAUAUUUACUUUGAAGGCUUCUCCGUGGACGAACAAGGGAAGCAGCAUUACCUCGAUGCGACGAUUGCCUAUCGACAGACGUGUUUGAGGGUGAUUGAGUACUUGAGGCGUUAUGGAUACAGCGAUUAUCAGAUCUAUCUCCUGCUGUCCUGCGCCCCGGUUCAGGGCCAUUUAGCAAGCGUCGUGGACGUUCCAAAUGUUUGUACAACAAUGGGGUUGCCCAUGGAUAUUUUCGACUUUGAUAUUAGUCCGCAGCAGGCCGUGGAGAAGAGGGAAUUGGGGUCUUGUGCGUUUGCAAGUUCUUGA